GCUCUGGCCGCAAUCCCGGGGCGCACCGACGUGGCUCGGGUUUCCUCUGCGCCCGGGUCUCGCGCGCUCCUCUUCCUCUUGCUCCUCUUCCUCUCCGGGGCUCCCGCUCUCGCUCCAGCUCCAUCCGUCCGGGCCCGCGCGGCUCCGGGUAGCCAUGGAGGACACCCAGCUCCAUAUCAUCGAGCAGCCGCUCCCCGGGUACCCGGACGCCGGGGGCCCGGGGCCCUCCCUCGUGGGGGCGCCAGCGGCCGAGGAGCCGUCGGGGGCCGGAUCUGAGGAACUGAUCAAGUCCGACCAGGUGAACGGCGUGCUGGUGCUGAGCCUUCUGGACAAAAUCAUCGGCGCAGUCGACCAGAUCCAGCUGACCCAGGCCCAGCUGGAGGAGCGGCAGGCGGAGAUGGAGGGCGCCGUCCAGAGCAUCCAGGGCGAGCUGAGCAAGCUGGGCAAGGCACACGCCACCACCAGCAACACCGUGAGCAAGUUGCUGGAGAAGGUGCGCAAGGUCAGCGUCAACGUGAAGACCGUGCGCGGCAGCCUGGAGCGCCAGGCCGGCCAAAUCAAGAAGCUGGAGGUCAACGAGGCCGAGCUGCUGCGGCGCCGCAACUUUAAAGUCAUGAUCUACCAGGAUGAAGUGAAGCUGCCAGCCAAACUGAGCAUCAGCAAGUCACUGAAGGACUCGGAGGCGCUGCCUGAGAAGGAGGGCGACGAGCUGGGUGAGGGCGAGCGGCCCGAGGAGGACGCGCAGGCACCCGAGCUGUCCUCGGACGAGGCGGUGGAGGUGGAGGAGGUCAUCGAGGAGUCGCGCGCUGAGCGCAUCAAGCGCAGCGGCCUGCGGCGCGUGGACGACUUCAAGAAGGCCUUCUCCAAGGAGAAGAUGGAGAAGACCAAGGUGCGCACCCGUGAGAACCUGGAGAAGACGCGCCUCAAGACCAAGGAGAACCUGGAGAAGACCCGGCACACGCUAGAGAAGCGCAUGAACAAGCUGGGCACGCGCCUCGUCCCAGCCGAGCGGCGUGAGAAGCUCAAAACCUCCAGAGACAAGCUGCGCAAGUCCUUCACGCCGGACCACGUGGUGUACGCACGCUCCAAGACCGCUGUGUAUAAGGUGCCGCCCUUCACCUUCCACGUCAAGAAGAUCCGCGAGGGCGAGGUAGAGGUGGUCAAGGCCACCGAGAUGGUGGAGGUGGGCGCCGACGAAGAGGAGGGUGGCGCGGAGCGCAGCGAGGCCGCAGACCUGCUGCGCGGGAGCAGUCCCGAUGUGCACACACUGCUGGAGAUCACCGAGGAGUCGGACGCCGUGCUGGUGGACAAGAGCGACAGCGACUGAGCCGGGCUCGGGGCUCUGCCUGUCUCCUCCCCUGCCCCUUUCCGAACUUUCUCUUUUGCAUUCUGUCACGGCCCUAAACUGGCUGAGAUUUUAUUAAAUUGAAAACACCUCCCUUCCGGAAGCACCCCAUCCAAGUCUCCUAGCUGUCCAAAAAGAAAAAAUGUGGGAGGCGAGGCAGCCCCCACCAUGCACAGCCCCAGUCUGGCCAUAGAUGGGGUGGACAUGGGAAGGAGAGUGAUCAAUCUCCUGGUUGUCCAAGCUGGGGAUCCUAGAGGAAAUUGCUGUCAUUUCCACGGUUGGGCCCGCUUGGGACAUGCUGCCUUUCCCUUCACCCCGUCGCCCUUGGCACCCCCCCCCCGCCCCCCGCCCCACACCCAGCCGCUGUCAUUCCUGCUCACGGAGCUCUUCUGCCGCCUCAUCCUGGUCCCUGGGGGCUUCAAAGCCAAAAUCACCCUAAGAGAGAAAAGUGAACCCCAUGGGACCCUUGUCCGGAUGGGAAGUCCCCCUACUGGAAGGAUAUGAAAGCAGCUUUGGGGGAAAACUGGGGCAAUGAGAUAGAGAGGGCAGAGUGAGCCAUGACCCUGGGUGAGGGUCCAGCCCAGGCUAUGUCUGCAAAGGUUCCCAGCAAGGAAGGCUGGAGCCCAGGGAGUGGGGUGAGGAACGCUUACCUGCUUAUACACAUGCACACAGGAGCACAUGGCUAUGGCUUUGGGAAGGAGAAUGGGAAAAUAGUAGCAGAAGGUGGAAAUGGGUGAAGAGAAGAGAGUUCCCCUUACUAGUAGCAUGAGAAACAGGACAAGAAUCCUAUUUUGCUGGGGUUCUUUUAAGAACAGCAGGACUGUCUUCGGGAUCAGGGAGAAGGAUAGCACGAGAAAGCACAGAGAAGAGAGAGGUCAACCUCACCUGACCUUUCAACUGGGGUCUGGGUGAUGCCCCCAGGGGCAGCCCAUUUCUGAAAGCCCAGAAAAAUUAGGGUCCUGGAAUGGGGCAGCAGCAGGUUGUGGAAGGCUGGGAGUUCGCAAGGAGGCCAACUGGGAAGAGCAAAGUGCCAAAGGCCAGGGCCCCAAGCUGAAAGCAGCUGGAGAGCAGGUGGGAAGAGCAGUAUCCCCGUGUACUGAGCAGCCCCAGCCCUGGCUCACUCCUGGCAGUUUCUUAUCGAGAUCCUUCCCUGGAGCUAGAUCCAAAUGCUGCAGAACUUGCCAAGACCUCAUCGGUUUUUGCCCCCCUGUGUGCCUUUCCUAAAUCUUUGGGGGUGAGGGGCUGCUGCAUCCAGUGUGAGGGCCUCGUUUCCGUCAUCUGCUGGCCAGGGACUCCCUAGGGCACUUCAGUCUCCCAUUAAAGGUGGCUUGUCAGAAGCAAGGAAACCCUGGUGGCAUAGUGGUUAAGCGCUAUGGCUGCUAACCAACAGGUUGGCAGUUCAAACCCGCCAGGUGCUCCUUGAAAACUCUAUGGGACAGUUCUACUCUGUCCUAUAGGAUCACUACGAGUCUGAAUCCACUGACGGCAGUGGGUUUGGUCAGAAGCAAGGACAACUCCCUUCCUAUCCAGUUGAAGUGCAAAGAGAGAGCUGGAGGGCCUCCUCCUUUCCUCCCCUCCCCCCACCUUAUUUUCCUAGCUCUGCUCUUUAGUAUUGCAGCUAAGUGUUUUAAGGGGUGGGGGGAGGGCAGGAAGACAUGGGAGGGAGACUGGGGACACAGAGCUUUUAUACAAUAUAAUGCUUUGCUUUUUUUUUUUUUCCUUUUCUUGGUUCCCUUCUCUCCUCUGAAUGGUUGGAGACACAUCAGCUGAGGGGGGAGGGGGGUUGUGGGACGAAGUCCCUUGGUGCUGAUGGGCUGAAGGGGGCUGAGCUGUGGGCAGAUGCCGUUUCCUGUGGGCUCUGGGGAGAGUCUCACGUUGCUGUGUCCUGGUGAGCAGCCCGACCAAUAAACCUGCUUUUCUAAAAGGA